AUGCAUGCUCUCGCCGUGGUGGUGCUGUGUCUAACGACAUUCACCCCCUUCACCCUCGGAAAGUGCCAGCAGAGGAACUCCACAUUCUACAAUCCUAUCCUGCCGGGCUUCCACCCCGAUCCGAGCUGCAUCUUCGUCCCUGAAUUGGAUGACACCUUCUUCUGUGCUUCCUCUAGCUUCAAUGCCUUCCCGGGCAUCCCCAUCCAUGCGAGCAAGGACCUGCAGAACUUCAAGCUGAUAGGGCAUGUCUUGAGUCGUCGAGAGCAGUUGCCUGCCCUGGCCGAGACCAACAGGUCUACGAGCGGAAUAUGGGCCCCAACGCUGAGAUAUCACGAGGGGGACUUUUGGCUCGUCACCACUCUCGUGGACGAUGAGCUUCCCCAAGAUGACUUCUCUCGCUGGACCAAUAUCAUAUUCAAAGGCAAGGACAUCUAUGACCAGUCGUCUUGGUCCAACGCUAUCCGCUUCAACUUCACCGGCUACGACACGUCGCCAUUCUGGGACGUGGAUGGCAAAUCCUACAUUACCGGAGCCCAUGCCUGGCAGGUAGGUCCAUACAUUCAACAAGCCGAGGCGAACCUGGAUACGGGUGAGGUUGGCGAAUGGCAAAUCAUCUGGAACGGAACCGGUGGGAUGGCCCCUGAAGGCCCUCACCUCUACCAUAAAGAUGGCUACUACUAUCUGCUGGCCGCUGAGGGUGGCACCGGCUUGGAACAUAUGGUUACCAUGGCCCGUUCGAAGAACAUCAACGGCCCGUUCGAGGUCGACCCUUCGAACCCGGUCCUCACGAAUGCCAACACGACAAAUUACUUCCAGACACUCGGCCACGCUGAUUUGUUCCACGAUGCGAAUGGGAACUGGUGGUGUGUCGCCCUGUCCACACGCUCGGGACCAGAGUAUAUCAACUACCCAAUGGGCCGCGAGACCGUCAUGACGCCAGUGACAUGGCCAGAGGGAGGUUGGCCCCGCUUCACCCAGGUCCAAGGUGAGAUGAGUGGCUGGAAGUUGCCUGCGCCUCAGAAGGACAUCAAGGGGGAUGGCCCCUUUAUCACGGAAGGCGACGAUAUCGACUUUGCCCCUGGAUCAUCUCUCCCGGCACACUUCACCUACUGGCGCUACCCAAUUCCAGAGUCAUUCGCAAUAUCUCCCCCCAGCCAUCCGAACACUCUCCGUCUCACACCGUCGGUUCUUAAUUUGACCGCACUCAACGGAAACUAUGCCGGCCCAACGGGACAGACCUUUGUCGGGCGUAGACAGCAGGAUAGCCUCUUCACGUAUAGCGUCAACCUCGACUUCUCGCCCACCGUCAAGGAGGAAGAGGCGGGGGUGACUGUGUUCCUGACCCAGAACCACCAUCUAGACAUGGGAGUUGUGCUCCUCCCGGCGAGCUCCGCCACGGCAGCAUUCCCCGGCACGAACAAGACCGAGCCUUCCGAUCCUUCGGGGCUGAUCCCGCACAUCCGGUUUAGGGGCAUCUCCUAUAUUCCCGUCCCGGAUCCGGUCAUUGUCCCGCUGCCAACCGCGUGGGUCGGGGCGGACUUGAGGCUGGAGAUCAAGGCUGCGAACAUCACUCACUAUUCAUUCGCAGUUGGGCCGGCCAAUGCUUGGUCCGAGAUGAAGACAAUCCUCUACGCGUCCAAUGAUGCCGUCAGCUGGGGCUUCACUGGCACGAUCCUUGGCAUAUAUUGCACGAGCAACGGUGGUCAGGGGAAGACGGAGGCGUACUUCUCCGAGUGGUCGUAUCUUCCCCAGGGGCAGUUCAGGAACUAA